GGCAUCAAGAGAAGAGUCCUGAUGCACAACCCAAGAUUAUUCCUUUCCAGGGUGGGUUUCUUCUCCAAAUCAGGACUUCUUCCUUGGUAUACCACAAACCCACCAGAUUUGUCACAGUCCUUUUGGGGCAGAGCACAUAAGGGAGAUUUCACCAGUGUGACAGUCAGGAAGCAUCCAAGCCGACAAAAGUAUCAGAAGAAACAAAGGCACUUUAGGUCACUAGAGGACUCCUGGCAGGAGAGGCUGGCUGAUGUUGUGACUCCACUCUGGAGGCUGAGCUAUGAAGAGCAGCUCAAGGUGAAAUUUGAAGCUCAGAAGAAAAUUAUACAGAGACUAGAGUCGUCCCUACGAGUGCUCCAUGGAGUCAGUGGAAGAGUGGCCGCACCCCAUUCUGAGGGGCUGCGCUGUCACCUCCAUCCUAUUAUACCCUCUCCCAUCGUCAAUGGCUACCGAAAUAAGUCCACCUUCUCUGUGAACCGGGGCCCAGAUGGCAACCCAAAGACUGUGGGGUACUACCUAGGAACUUGGAGAGAUGGGAAUAUCGUCUGUGUACCGUGUAGCCAGCUGAAAAACAUCCCGGAAAAACACAGUCAAGUAGCUCAGUACUAUGAAGUAUUCCUUCGACAGUCUUCAGUGGAACCCUGUCUUCUGUUUCAUGAAGGUGGACACUGGCGUGAGCUCACAGUUCGAACCAAUAGCCAAGGACACACAAUGGCUAUCAUCACUUUUCAUCCCCAGGGAUUAAGUCAGGAGGAGCUCUGUGUUCAGAAGGUGACCUUGAGGGACUUUUUCACUAAAGGCCCUGGAGCAGUCUGUGAAUUGACCUCACUCUAUUUCCAGGAAAGCACCAUGACCCGUUGCAGUCAUGAGCAGUCCCCCUACCAGCUCCUGUUUGGGGAACCCCACAUCUUUGAAGAUCUUCUGGGUUUGAAGAUCCGCAUCUCUCCAGAUGCCUUCUUCCAGAUUAAUACUGCUGGUGCAGAAUUGCUGUAUCAGACCAUUGGGGAACUGAGUGGAGUGGACUCCAAUACCAUCCUCCUUGACAUUUGCUGUGGAACAGGUGUGAUUGGCCUUUCUCUGGCUCAGCGUGCAUCCCAGGUCCUUGGCAUCGAGCUGGUGGAGCAGGCAGUAGAGGAUGCCAGGUGGACUGCAGCCUUCAAUGGUGUCUCCAACUGUGAGUUUCACGCUGGUAGAGCAGAGAAGAUUUUGCCACAGUUGUUGAAGUCGCAGAAAGAUGAGAAGUUAACUGUUGCUGUGGUGAACCCUGCCCGUGCUGGACUGCAUUACCAAGUGGUGCAAGCCAUUCGGAACUGCAGGGCCAUCCACAGGCUAGUUUUUGUUUCCUGUAAGCCGCAUGGUGAAAGCACAAGGAACUUCAUUGAGCUAUGCUGUCCUCCAAAUUCUGCUAAGAAGCUCCUCGGUGAACCUUUUGUCCUGAGACAAGCUGUGCCUGUGGAUUUGUUUCCCCACACCCCACACUGUGAGCUGGUACUCCUCUUCACUCGAUAUGACUAGGAGACUGCAGGCUUUUAAGGAUGAACUUUCAGAGACGUCCAGGUUUGGCAUGUUGCUGCAUUGGAGCCCAAGGAUGUAUCAUCAGGGAAAGCAGUCUUUGUAUUCUGAGCAAGAACAUAGAUGGCCGCCUCCUCUGAGGCAGAUUGAACUAUAGCUUGUCAUAUUCCUUUGGGAUUACCCAUAUUUGCCGAGUUUUGAAUGCGCCUAACUCCUUGGACUUUUUACAAAGCAAAAUCAGGGGCUAGGGAGAUUGCUAAGUGGAUAAAGUACUUACUGCACAUGUACAAGUACCUGAGUUUGGAACUCCAGCAUUCACAUACAAAUAACAGGUCAUAGUGGCACACGGCUGUUCUUGCAGUGCUAGAAAGUAGAGAUGGGGGUCCUGGGGGCUUUCCUGACCAGCCAAUCUAGCUAAUAAGUGAACUCCAGGUUCCGUGAGAGACCCUGUCUCAAAAAAGGGAGUUGGAACAUGAUAUCAACCUCUGGCCUCCACAAGUGUAAUCAUAGACACACACACACACAUACACACACACACACACACACACACACACACACACAUUAUACACACACAAAGUAGACAAAGUUGUGUAGUGAUUAUAGGAUAGUUGGGAUUUCUAGACUUUGACACUUCUAGAAUGUCCUUUGAUUUUUUUUUUUUGAGCUGAGGAUCGAACCCAGGGCCUUGGGCUUGCUGGGCAAGCGCUCUACCACUGAGCUAAAUCCCCAACCCUAGAAUGUCCUUUGAUAAUGUGGUUAUGUCCAGGGCAGGAGAAAUGGCUCAGUAUUCACAAGCACAUACUGCUCUUGCAGAAGACUUGAGUUUGAUUCCUAGUAUCCAUGUCAGACUGCUCAUAACUGCAUAUAGUUAUAGGUUCAGGGGAUCCAGUGCCCUCUUCUGACCUCCAUGGACACUGUACUCAUAUGUACAAACCCACACUCACCCACAUGCAAAUACACAUAAUUUAAAAAAUAAUUUUUAAAAAAUUAAAAAAGGAAAAUAUGGUUAUCUCUAGGAGCAAUAACACCAUUUAUCUUUUACCUAUAGAAGAAUUGUUCAGUAGAGACACCUAGAGGGGUUAAGAAACUCUCAAAGUAGGGGUUGAAUACUUAUGAUUGUGCUGAGUAUUAUGGGUGAAGACAGCACCAGAAGCCUAUAGUAAUCCACUAUGUACUAUAAUAAAGUGGAUAUUGGAGCUAACUAUAUUCACUCAUCUCUAGUCCAUGAACCUUUCAAUUCUGGUUGUCCUUUGGUGGUUGUCCAACAAUUUAUGCUGUAUUUUGAAUACUCUGAUGGUUGGAAG